AUGAGCGAUGAGAAACAAACUGGAUUUGAUAUGUGUUUAAUUUCUCUAAUGAUUCCAUCGACAACAACCUUUGGAGCUGUUCUAUCCAAUCCUUUGGGCUCGCACGUUAAAUUAAAGUCCUUCGGAUCAAAAGUGCACGCCACACCGCCUUUGAUUCAGUCACAUGGUACACGAGCAUCUAUACAACUAUUUUGCUUUCUCUGCUUCCUUUUCUUCAUAUUUCUCUACCAUUCAUCGGAUCUUCUCUACGAUUUCCUCUGUUUUAAAGACAUGGGAGACAAAUUUGGGUUAGAGGAAGAAGAUAAAGCCAUGAUAGAGAACGUAUUGGGUCGUGAAGCUUGCGAUUACUUGUUAUGGUCAGCUUCAAAUAAGCUAUCCGAUGAAUUCAGAUCAAGAACAAGUGACUUAGGGGUUCAAGAUGGGCUUCGAAAGAUUCUCGAGGGGUCAGACUGGAAUUAUUCCAUUUUCUGGCAAGUUUCCAAUUCAAAAUCAGGCAAAUCCGCUUUAAUCUGGGGCGAUGGCCAUUAUAAAGAUUCAACAGAAACCCAAGCUGGUGGUGGGCAUGGAACCAAUAGGAAAAAACGGGUUCUUCAGAAGCUCCAUUCUUGUUUUAAGGGACACGAAAAAGGAAAUCUUGUAGCAAAAAUGGAUUUAGUUUCUGAUGUGGAAAUGUUUUAUUUAACCUCGAUGUUUUAUCUGUUCCCAUUUGAUAAACCUUCAAGCCCUUCUCAAUCUUUCAACACGAGUCGAUCCGUUUGGGUUUCUGAUACAAGAAGCUGUGAAGAACAUUACCAAUCAAGAUCCUUUUUAGCAAAAUCAGCACGCUUUCAGACACUCGUAUUUAUCCCGCUUAAAAGAGGAGUCUUGGAGAUGGGUUCUUUUAAGUCGAUCCCAGAAGACCAAAGCUUCAUAGCAAUGGCUAAAACUUUGUUCAAUGGAUGCCACCCGAAAGGAUUACCCAAAAUCUUCGGUCAAGAAUUAAGUCUCGGUGGUAAUAGUAAUGGUAAUGGUAAUGGUGGUCCGAAAUCCGGUCCAAUCAGCAUCAACUUUUCCCCGAAAGUGGAAGAAGAUGUGGAUUUCGGAGGGGAAUCAUACGAAAUACCUUCGAGAAACGGUUUCGGAGGGAAUUCUUCCAACAAUGAUAAUGAAGGGAAGAUGUUUCCCAACCAUGUGAUGAAUGGAGUAUUGAAUUCAUCGCAAUCAAUCCAAUCAUCAUCACCAAAUCAAGACUCGUUAAUGGACAGAAAGCCAAGAAAAAGAGGAAGAAAACCCGCAAACGGAAGAGAAGAACCGUUGAACCACGUGGAGGCGGAGAGACAGCGACGGGAGAAACUAAACCAACGGUUCUACGCGCUCCGAGCGGUGGUCCCCAACAUUUCAAAAAUGGACAAAGCGUCGCUGCUUGGUGAUGCGAUUUCAUACAUAACAGAUCUUCAAUCAAAGAUAAGAAUGAUGGAAGCUGAAAAGGAUGUGAUGGGUGCACCCGAGGUUGAUUUCAUGGCUAGAAAAGAUGAUGCGGUUGUUAGGGUGAGCUGCCCGUUGGAUGAGCACCCGGUUGCCCGGGUUAUAAAAACAUUUCGGGAACAUCAGAUGGUGAUGCAGGACACAAAUGUUUCAACCACAGAAGACGGGAAGGUCAUGCAUUCCUUCUCAUUGAUAAAACCUAAAAGAAACAGAAGUGGAAAACCUACGAAGCAGCAGUUCAGGAAUUGACUAAUGGUAUAAGUAUUGGUGGUGUAGCCACUAGCAACAGUCUGUAUCGAUGUUCAAAUGUGUAAUGUGCAAUUUUUCUUGCAUUACAUAAAAAUCAUCUCCAAUAUUGUCAUUUGUCGAUUUGGAAAAUGAGUUUAUAUAUUUAUCUGUAUCAUUUCAUUUUACUGUAUCAAGUACUUCUCAUUCAGUCGGUUUAUUUUCAGUAAAUUAUAUAAAUAGUCUGUGGAUUGGGGUCUUUAUUUAUUAUUAUUAUUAUUCAA